AUGGACAUGAUAACAGUCUUGCAGGGUGGUGUGUGGGCCCUAUUGCUUUGGCCCUGUCUCCUCACCGUAAGCCACCCACUGGACUGUAAGGAAGAGCAGGGCAGUAUCUCUCGGUGUCCCACCAUCUCCCAAGAGAAACUUCUUGACAGAGUCAUCCAGCACGCUGAAGUCAUCUACCGUGUCUCCGAGGAGUCCUGCACUUUGUUUGAGGAGAUGUUUGUCCCGUUCCCCAUGCGGCUCCAGAGGAACCAGGCUGGCUAUACAUGCAUCACCAAAGCCUUACCUAUUCCCAGCUCCAAGAGUGAAAUCCAACAAAUAUCUGAUACGUGGUUGCUCCACUCAGUGCUGAUGCUGGUCCAAUCGUGGAUCGAGCCUUUGGUAUACUUGCAGACCACACUGGAUCGCUAUGAUGACGCUCCGGACUUGCUGCUUAACAAGACCAAGUGGGUGUCAGAGAAGCUGGUCAGCCUGGAGCAAGGGGUGGUGGUUCUCAUGAAAAAGAUGCUGGAUGAGGGGAUGUUGACCACAGCCUACAAUGAGCACGGCCUUGUCCAGUAUGAUGUGCAGCCAGAGAUGCUGGAAUCCGUUCUGAGAGACUAUAUGUUGCUCAGCUGCUUCAAGAAAGAUGCCCAUAAGAUGGAAACUUUCCUCAAGCUUCUCAAGUGUCGACAAACUGACAAAUACAACUGUGCAUUAUAUUAA